AUGAAAAUGCGUAUAUUAACGAAAUACGGUGAGGCCACAGCGUGCAUUUUAUUGUCAAUGUGAUUCUGCCCUUAUUCUUAUUUCCUUGAUAGGAAAGGGAAAAAUACCUUUAUGUUACUAAAACUGCAUGAGCUAUAUUUGUUUAAGUUCGACAAUUUAUAAUACUGUAGGAAGAAAUUAAAAAUUUUCAGGACUUCUCUUUUAAUUGAUAUCGGAAGUAUAUCAAGUAUUAGUAAAGUGGCAUAUAGCCAUUGUGUAGAAUAAUUAGUAAUUUCAUCGUAAUGGAUGAUGAAUUCUAAGAUAUUUCUUACAGUGUUCCUUUAAAGCGCGAAUGCAUAUUUGUAGCAUUUUAUGACUAAUUUUAUCAUAUUUUAAAUAUUUUUAAAUUUCUUUAAUGAAAUAUCGGUAAACUAUUAUAAUGUAACAAUUAUUGCAGUCAAUUCCAUCUUGUUUUAUUGAAGGAGAGACUCAUUGUGAGAAUCUUACCUACUACAAACUGGUUUAAGCUUAUCAUUGACCAUGAAAUCUUGUAUUAAAAUGUUUUGUGGGUUUACAUAGUUUCUCUUAUCUUUUUGUGAUAAUAAAAAUAAAUAUAAAUUUAGAAUUGCUCACUUGGCUUUAAUUUACUCGUCAGUCAUUUCUAAAUCACGGAAGAAGACUGUUUCAGUAGAACUAGAUUCUAUAUUGGAUUGAAAGUAUUUUGAUAAGUUUUCAAUGAGGCACAAGUCUUGUAUUUAUUUACGGGUAAAAAUCGAACAUUGAAUUGAGGUGACAAAUUUAUAUAAAACGAAACAUUAUCUCUGGUGCCUGAAGACAAGAAGUUUCAUUUCAGAGUGAAAGAAAGAAAGAAGUAGAAAAAUGUCUCAGUUGAUUCCACGCAUAAUUUUGGACACUGAUGGUGGCUAUGACGACGCAUGGGCACUUUUUCUGCUACUCAAGGCACAUUCCUUUAAUAUAAUUGAACUUAUAGCUAUUAUAUGUGGAUCCGGAAACACACACGUAGAUAAUUGUGUAAUAAACACCUGUAGAAUACUCGAGGUGGCUCAGCAAAAAAGUAUUCCUGUAUAUCGUGGAGCAACUGAUUCCCUACUAACGCCCGAAAAUCGGACAACAGAUAAUUUCCAUGGAAAGGAUGGUUUUGGGGAUAUAUUUUCACCGACAGAUCUUCCUGAUAUUGGUCCAGUUAACAAUAAAGAACACGGCGUUAAUGCAAUGGCCAAAAUUAUACAAGACAAUCCUAAUGAAAUUACACUUUUUACUAUCGGAGCUCUCACUAAUGUUGCCCUCGCUAUACGAAUGUAUCCAGAAAGCAUGCAGAAACUUCGUAAAGUCAUAAUGAUGGGUGGUAAUUUCUUAGGCAUUGGAAAUGUGACUCCCAGUGCUGAGUUCAACAUAUUCUUCGAUCCUGAAGCAGCUGAUAUUGUUCUGAGGACUCUCAAAUGUUCUAUAACUGUCAUUCCCUGGGAAACAUGCAUUCCUCCUCUGAACACACUUAACUGGGAAUGGAGACGAAAGGUUUUGGGUUCUAAUGCGCACCCCAUUUUGGAUUUACUUAAUCCUGUUGAGGAUUCUAUAUAUAAAAACCUCCCAUUGAGUGCUAAGUGGGCAUGUGCUGAUUCUGUGGCUACAUCUGUUCUUUUAGCUCCUGAGUAUGUCAUUAAGGAUUCUAAGGAAGUCUAUGUGUCUGUGGAAUUGACUGGAUCUCUAACUAGAGGGCAAUUUGUACUUAAUCAUCGGUGUCAGAAGCCCCGAAAUGUGGAAAUCAUCACAAAAAUUGAUCCAGAAGUACAUAAGAAAGUUUUAUAUUGGGUUAUUGAAAAAAAUCAUCCAAAUACUUCUCUGGAGGACUAUCUAAAAUAAAUAUUCUCUAAAGCUUCGCAUGUGAAAGAAAUUGAACAUUUACAAUUGUAUAUUCUAAUUCAAUGUAAAAUUUUAAGGAUAAUGGGAUGAUGUGCAAUUUGAUAUGUUUUUUUUAUAAAUACGGUGGCUAUAUAAUUUUUUUUUAAAUAAUAUAUAAUCUGCUAGCUUUGCUAAGAAUAAA